AACGCGCCGCCCCUCUUUCCUUGCCCUUUCCAUUGGCCCCUCUUUCCAUCCUAUAAAAAGCCCAUCAUUUCCAUCACAGCUUCCAGAGAUUGCAUGUCUUAAUUUUGAGGAAGAACUGAGGAAAAGAGAGAGAGAACCAAAAGAAAACUUUUCUCUUUUUCCUCCCAAAUUUUGCCGGAUCCCUCUGCGUCCAUGUCUUCCGAUCCAUUCGCCUCCGGGGGGGGCCACCGCUACGUGAAGAUGCAGUCCGAGCCGACCCUCUCCUCCUCCCACUCGUUCCGGCAGUCGGAGCACCCUAGGAUCUUCGACGAAUUGCCCAAGGCCACCAUCGUCUCGGUGUCGCGCCCCGACGCUAGCGACAUCAGCCCCAUGCUCCUUUCCUACACCAUCGAAAUCCAGUACAAACAGUUCAAAUGGCACUUACUGAAGAAAGCCUCACAAGUUUUCUAUCUACAUUUUGCACUGAAGAAACGAGCAUUUAUUGAAGAAUUCCAUGAGAAACAAGAGCAGGUUAAAGAAUGGCUUCAAAAUCUUGGUAUAGGAGAGCAUGCACCAGUUGUACAGGACGAUGAGGAAGCUGAUGAUGAGCAUGUUACUCUGCAUCAGGAGGAAAGCUAUUCAUCUAAAAAUAGAAAUGUUCCUUCUAGUGCUGCAUUGCCUAUCAUUCGACCACAACUAGGAAGGCAGCACUCUAUAUCAGACAGGGCAAAGGUGGCUAUGCAAGGGUAUCUAAAUCACUUUUUCGGAAACUUGGAUAUCGUGAAUUCUCAUGAGGUCUGCAAGUUUUUGGAGGUCUCAAGGUUAUCAUUUUUACCAGAGUAUGGACCCAAGCUAAAGGAAGAUUAUGUUACAGUAAAACAUUUGCCAAAAAUUCAGAAGGAAGAUGAUGAUAAUAGAUGUUGUGCAUGUCAUUGGUUUAAUUGUUGUAAUGGCAACUGGCAAAAGGUCUGGGCUGUAUUGAAACCAGGGUUCCUGGCUUUACUGGAAGAUCCUUUCGAUACAAAACUAUUAGACAUUAUUGUUUUUGAUGUGCUGCCAUCUUCUGACGGAAAUGGUGAAGGCAGGGUUCUUCUAGCAAAAGAGACAAAGGAACGUACUCCUUUGCGUUUUGGAUUUCAAGUAUCUUGUGGAAGCCGAACUAUAAAGUUAAGAGUGAGAACUAAUGCCAAGGUAAAGGAUUGGGUUGCUGCAAUAAAUGAUGCUGGAUUACGGCCUCCAGAAGGCUGGUGCUAUCCUCAUCGGUUUGGUUCUUUUGCACCACCAAGGGGUUUGACUGAGGAUGGUAGUCAGGUUCAAUGGUUCAUUGAUGGGCAAGCUGCAUUUGAAGCAAUUGCUUCUGCCAUCGAAGAAGCAAAAUCAGAGAUAUUCAUUACUGACUGGUGGCUGUGCCCAGAAUUGUAUCUACGACGUCCUUUUAGUGUUAAUGGAUCUUCCCGAGUUGAUGCUUUGCUAGAGGCUAAAGCUAAGCAAGGUGUACAGAUCUACAUCCUUCUUUACAAAGAGGUUGCUCUUGCUUUAAAAAUCAACAGUGUAUAUAGUAAACAGAGACUACUUAAUAUUCACGAGAAUGUGAAAGUUCUACGCUAUCCAGAUCAUUUCUCAACCGGCGUUUAUCUAUGGUCCCAUCAUGAAAAAAUUGUGAUUGUUGAUAGUCGGAUAUGCUUCAUUGGAGGACUUGAUUUGUGCUUUGGUCGCUAUGACAACUUCGAGCACAAAGUUGGUGAUUUCCCGCCUCUAAUUUGGCCCGGAAAGGACUACUACAAUCCUAGGGAAUCUGAACCAAAUUCUUGGGAAGAUACAAUGAAAGAUGAAUUGGAUCGUGGAAAAUAUCCUCGCAUGCCUUGGCAUGAUGCCCAUUGUGCACUUUGGGGUCCACCUUGUCGUGAUGUAGCAAGACACUUUGUUCAACGCUGGAAUUAUGCAAAGAGAAAUAAAGCUCCAAAUGAGCAAGCAAUUCCAUUGCUGAUGCCUCAACACCAUAUGGUCAUUCCACAUUACAUGGGAAAAGGCAGAAAAAUGGAUGCACCAAAUAAGCAAGAAGAUAUCAGCCUUAAAGACAUAAAGAGGCAGGAUUCCUUCUCCCGUUCAUCAUGUCAAGACAUCCCAUUGCUUUUACCUCAAGAACCUGAUGGAUCAUCAAUGGCUAGCAGUAAUAUAAAGGUUAAUGGGUUAGACAUAAAUUGCAGCCUCGCAGGCAAUCCAAGUAUAACCAGUCAGAGCCAGCCCUUUUCUUUUAGGAAGACCAAAGUUGAGCAUUCAGUCCAGGACAUGCAGAUGAAAGGUUUUGUGGAUGAUCUUGAUUCCCCACAGCUUCAGAGGGAAACACAUUUUGAUGUGAUGGCCCAGCCACCUUCUCAGAAUUUGGAUGAGUGGUGGGAAACACAGGAGCGAGGUGAUCAAGUUGUCUCUGCUGAUGAAGCUGGGCAAGUUGGUCCACGCACUGAAUGUCGGUGUCAGGUCAUUAGAAGUGUUGGCCAAUGGUCUGCUGGAACAAGCCAAACUGAAGAAAGCAUUCACAAUGCCUACUUUUCUGUUAUUGAAAAAGCAGAGCACUUUGUAUAUAUUGAGAAUCAAUUUUUUAUAUCAAGUCUUUCGGGAGAUGAUACAAUAAGGAACCGUGUUUUAGAAGCAUUGUACAGGCGAAUUAUGCGGGCAGAGAAAGAAAAGAGGUGUUUUCGAGUUAUUAUAAUCAUACCAUUGUUACCUGGAUUCCAGGGCGGCAUUGAUGAUGCUGGUGCUGCAUCUGUAAGGGCAAUAAUGCAUUGGCAAUACCGAACUAUUUGCAGAGGGCCAAAUUCAAUAUUGCAAAAUCUUUAUGAUAUAAUGGGUCCUAAGGCACAUGAUUAUAUAUCUUUCUACGGUCUUCGAGCUUAUGGUAGACUUUAUGAUGGAGGCCCUCUAGUUACCAAUCAGGUAUACGUUCACAGCAAAUUGAUGAUUGUUGAUGAUCGUAUAACAUUGAUCGGUUCAGCUAAUAUAAAUGAUAGAAGUUUGCUAGGAUCCAGGGACUCUGAGAUUGGUGUUCUUAUUGAAGAUAAAGAAUUUGUUGCUUCUUAUAUGAAUGGAAAGCCAUGGAAAGCUGGAAAAUUUUCUCUUAGCUUGCGCCUGUCUUUAUGGUCAGAACACCUUGGUCUUCAUGCUGAAGAGAUCAGUUUGAUUCGUGAUCCCGUGCAUGAUGCAACCUACAGAGAUAUCUGGAUGGCUACUGCAAAGACCAAUACUAUGAUCUACCAGGAUGUCUUUUCGUGUGUUCCCAAUGAUCUCAUCCAUUCCAGAGCUGCAUUCCGACAAAGCACUGCAUACUGGAAGGAGAAACUGGGGCAUACUACUGCUGAUUUAGGGAUUUCUCCUGAGAAGCUGGAGUCCUAUCAGAAUGGUGAUAUCAAAGAUACAGAUCCUAUGGAGAGAUUACAGUCAGUGAGGGGCCACCUUGUUUCUUUUCCCCUGGAUUUCAUGUGCAAUGAGGAUUUGAGGCCAGUUUUCAAUGAAAGUGAGUUUUAUGCAUCUCCUCAAGUUUUUCAUUAGGCUUCAUCUGAUUCAUUGACUGUAUUCCCCUGUAACAUUCAAUGUUUUAUUCACUAUAAUUGCGGUGGCUUUGUGGCUUGUACAUGUAUUUGAGACUGAAGAAAGUAUAAAAGGAGGGACGCUGCAAAAAUAAGUUGUAGCUCAAAAUGAAA